AUGUAUCAGAAGCCACCAGAUGGAGGAUGGGGCUGGAUCAUUGUUGCUGCAUCCUUCUUUAUUCAGUUCCUGUGCUAUGGUUCUCCAUUAGCUGUCGGUGUCUUGUACGUGGAAUGGUUAGAUGUCUUUGAUGAAGGAAAAGGGAAGACUGCAUGGGUUGGGUCACUUGCGGCUGGAGUGGGACUGCUUGCAAGUCCCCUGUGUAGCGCUUGUGUCUCUUCUUUUGGUGCUAGACCAGUUGCCAUUUUUAGCGGAUUCUUGAUAAGCGGGGGGAUUGAUAUUGAGUAGCUUUGCUCCAAAUAUUUACUUCCUUUACUUUUCAUAUGGAUUUAUGGUUGGU